CGAAGCGGCCAAGGCCCGAGCAUCCGUCUGUUGAAAAGAACAAAACCCUCCACGCCUCGGCUAGACGGACCGACUCGAGCGGUCAACGCGGGCCCGACUCGAGUAACGCCAAGCACUUUUGGGAAAUCCUCAAAGUCUUCACAUUUCGAUAUAAUGCCGAGGUUGUCCCUCGAGUGGUCCGAGGCCUGAGAAAGGUCGUCAACGACCUCACUACUUUGGGGGUGGACGAUUCGCUGGCGCUCCACGAGCUCGUUCCGUUCCUCUUCCACCUCGAAAACAGGCACUCGGUCUUCCUUCCCGGGGUGUUGAAGCGUUUUGAGGAGGGCGACCCCUCGCUCGGGUUUGCCACUUAUGAGCAGCGGGACAAGAAAGAAGGGAGCGAUGUCGUUCGGCUGGUACGCCAUGGCGGGAAGGAAGAAGGGUCGACAGCGUUGGCGUUCUCGGGCGAAUAUGAAGCGGCCAACAUCUACGCCAAACACCUCAUCAGUCUCGCGGAUGCUCACUUGUCGACUUCGUCUCAGCUAGAGAGUCGUAUCUAUCAGUACGCCCCGCCGGUGGUUUCUGGCGUCCUGGACCUCGCUGCUCGGCCUGAUCCGGAUGGGGACGCGGAGAAGUUGAAGUUCCAAGUGACCAUCUCGACCAAGCUCGGCAUCGAACGCAAGUUCGACAUUACGCUCAGGGACCUGUUUGUGCUCUUCUACGUCCUCUUGCACGGCCAGAUCGAUGUCAAGGUCGACCCCUCGAACGGCAAGAAGUCCGUCAAAGUAUUGGAAGAAGUAGAGGGAAUGUUGUCUGCUGCUAUCAUUGCCAUUCUCGCUCAGGUCAGUCUCAUGCCUUCCCUCGCUUUUCGCAUGUUUGCGAGGCUGAUUACAAGGGAUGUAAUUGGCGCAAGAGUUCCACGUGAACCGAUGUGAAUAUAUCAACUUGGCCGUCCACGACUUCAGCGUCACUUUCCAGCUCAUGGACCGCAACACCGCUCACGUCUUGAGCAUCGUCUUUCGCGAUCCCGCCACUGCCAAUCAGGACAUCCUGUCCAAGGCCGGGCUCAACCUCAUCUUGUCCGGUAUACAAGACGAGACGGAUGGGAACGCGGCUGUCCAGAUGCUGUUGGAGGACAAGCCUUGGGAGACGGUCGCGCAGCAUAGCCUCUUUGCUGUGCUUGUGGCCGGUUUGGUUUUGCCGGUCGGCAAGCGCACUACGUCAAUGUGGAUGGAUGGAGAGAAGGAGCGUCUGGGUGAUGUGAAGAAGACAAGUGCGACUGGCCCCACCAGCAAGGUUCCACCGCGACAAGGCCGGACGACGGGUUUGUUGACGACGACCACGACUGAUACGUCCCAGUCUGGUUCUACGGCUACCGGUGGCACAGCCUUCAAGAUGAUUCCCUAUCCGGCCGUUGCUGCAGAUUUGCAAUCGUUCCAGAGCAUCGACACGACCCAUCAUCUGUACAUGAACGGCAUGUCGAAUUUCCGCUGGGAAGAAGAUCCAACAGUCCGCAUCCAGGUGUCUCGGUGCCAGACCCGCUUGUCGGAUGUCAGUGAUAACUCGGCUUUUUCCAACUCUCAGUCCAUCCCUUCUCUCAUGACCGACAAGUCGGGCACACCACCUUUAUCUCCCAUUGGUCCCACGUCUCCUACGACCACCGUGUUCGUGGGCUCCGUUGUCUCUACCACGGGAGACAAGAAAUCAAUCAGGCAGGAGCCCGAGGACUUGAACGAGCUACGGCGCAAGACCGACCAGGAGACCGUUCUGUCCCUCUUGUCACGCCCGGACUUGUUGGUUGAAAUGCACGAUUAUCUAGGUUCCGGGAGAUUAUGGGACGCCUACCGCGUCAAACUUUCCUCUGGCUCAUCACCGUCACAGAUCGUUGUGGCGAAGAUCUGUAAUAUGUACAUGUUCACGCUGGGUGACGCGUACAAAUACGAAACCCCCUCGGCGGCGGCCGAAGCGAUCACGAUCGAGCUCGACGCGUUCAACCGCUUACAAGCGGUCCAAGGGGAGAUCGUCCCCCGAUUGUACGGACGAUGGACGGGCUGGUGGCAGAGGCCCAAUGACAAAUUGUCGCGCUUGGAAUGUGUCAUGUUGGAAGACUGUGGGAUGCCCUUUGUCCAGUCUGACGAGCUUGAAUACAAGUCAUACUAUGACGACUUGGUGGAGACGUUCCCGACCAAUUUGUCAUCUGAUGUUCGACAGCAGAUCAUAGAAAGUUACGAGAGGCUGCACAAACAAGGGAUGUUGCACGUCGACGUCAACGCCCGGCAUAUCCUUUGUCAUCCGGUCAAUAAUAAACCACGAAUCAUCGAUUUCGAGGGCGCGAUAUCUAUUUCCGAGGCCCAAGCAAGGAACCUGGACUACGACGCGGAGGCGGAGAUGGAGAAGGUUUGGUGGAUGGUUUGCGCGGACGAGGAGCGUUGAGUGCUUCAGGUAUUUCCACUGUAUGGAAUGUAGUAGAAUGCUGUUACUUGCAAGUAUGAACACACAGUCAACACGGGUUCAUCAGGAGCGGGGUGGAGAACGAGCUGUAAUCAUAAACUUCAUCGAUCACAAGAGUAGUAGCAUAUCACUUUAUACAUGUUGGAAGUGUACACUUUGCUUGUGGUAUGUAGACACCAGCUGCAAGGAAUCCAGAAAAAU